GCAGCGGCGGGCGCGGUAACGGCCGCUCCAUGGAAACGCGGCUGAGGCGGCGGGCGCGGCGGAAGAGGAGCAGCAGCAGCAGCGACAGGCCGCCUCCCUCAUAGAGGAGCCCUCGAUGGGGGCGCAGCAGCCCGCGCGGCCAUAAGGCGACCCAGGCGAAGACGGCGGCGAGGAGGGGCAGCAGGAAAAAAAAGAAGGAAAAUAGGAGGUUAUGGCGAGGCCAGCCAGCUGCAAACGGGAGAACUCCCGACUGACUUCAUGGCCUGCUCUGUUAAUAUUCUAACAUCUCUGCAUAACAUUUGGAGAAGCUCUGCUACAACUUUGCUCCUCUCUCAUUAGGCAGCUGCUGCUGAGCAAAGAGUGAAAUGGCAAGCAGUCAAUGACUCCUGUGUACAACAGUCUGCUCCACCAGCCUGCCCUGUGAAUAGCACUGUCACUUUAAUAAUUCCAUGCUGAGGGAUUGCUUUCAAUCCUCUUGGGCUUAAUACAAGCAAAGAUCAGAGGACAAUAAAGGCCAGAAAGCUGGGUGGAGAAAAUAAAAAUGAAAGUGACUGCUGUUUUGUAGCCGAAUGAAACCUGGGAGGUUUUUUUCCUCUCCUAAUACGCAGAAGACCAUUGUGUGCAUCCAGUGCUGUAGCUAACUGGCAAAAGUCACCUGUGAUUGCAGCAAAAAACGUCUCUUUCAAGCUCUUCUGUCUUCCUCGGACGUUUAUUUGGAUUAUUUGAGAACUGGUUUUAAACUUGGGUGAUGCUGGAAUGUGUUGAAGUGGAUCAUUUGGACUGCCAAGACUUGGACUGUGCCUUAAUUGUAUUUCCUACAUUCACAUAACUUCUUAAAAAAAAAGCCCCUAUGCUGUCAUAAGAGAGAAUCUUAUACAAUUUUGUAGGCUGACGAGUGUUUUCUCUUGUAUAUUUUUAUAGAUUGGGAAAUAUUUUACAGAUUUUGACAAGUGCUCUGGCAAAAAUUCUCUUAAACUUUUUUCUUCCUUGCUGUUUCCAUGGGUUGUGUUGGAAGUUUUUAACUGGACAAAAACUGUGAGUGCCAUUGUGGGAGAUGAAGAUGUAGAGCUCUGUUCCAAAGCUGAACUGUGUGUUUUGAAUUGGAUGGCAGACUUCUGACCUUACAAGUCAAUCCCAGCGGGACUCUGUUGAUACCGGUAAAUAAGUGUUUGCGUCCAGUGCCAGAAAUAACAGCGAGAAUGCCGGUCAAGAAGAAAGACACGGAUCGAGCUUUAGCACUUCUGGAAGAUUAUUGCAAGAAGCUGAAAAAGCCAGAAGAGCAGCCACUGAAAAAGGCCAUUAAAAAGGUGAUGGGCAUCUUUAAAAGCAGCUUAUUCCAGGCAUUGCUAGACAUUCAGGAGUUUUACGAAGUGACGCUCCUAAACUCCCAGAAAAGUUGCCAGGAGAAAAUAGAAGAAGCAAACCAAGUUGCUGAGAAAUGGGAGAAGACGACACAGUCUAUGGCAACAGACGACGAGAGUCAGCCCCAAACCCGAGAGACAGCAGCUUCAAAUGGACCAGACCAACGGGCAGCAAGAGAAAACCAGGAUAAAGGGAACCAAUCUUCUGAUAAUCAUUCCAUAGAUAAAACUGCAAAGCAGAGCCACACCAGAUGCCCAGCGCACAAGUGUCCCGUUGAAUCACCUGGAUGGAUACCUAUUCAGCACUCUGUGAAGUAUCGCUACCAAGAUGAGGAUGCUCCACACGACCAUACUUUACCUCGCUUAACUCACGAAGUGAGAGGGCCAGAACUAGUUCACGUUUCUGAAAAGAAUUUAUCGCAGAUAGAAAAUGUCCACGGAUACGUCCUGCAAUCGCACAUCUCGCCUCUGAAGGCCAGCCCUGCCCCAAUCAUCGUCAACACAGAUACUUUAGACACUAUUCCCUACGUCAAUGGAACAGAGAUUGAAUAUGAAUUUGAAGAAAUUACAUUGGAAAGGGGAAAUUCUGGCCUGGGUUUCAGCAUUGCUGGAGGAACAGACAACCCACACAUUGGGGAUGAUCCUGGGAUAUUUAUUACUAAGAUUAUACCAGGAGGAGCUGCAGCAGAGGACGGAAGACUCAGAGUCAACGACUGCAUCUUGCGGGUGAAUGAAGUCGACGUCUCCGAAGUUUCGCACAGCAAAGCCGUCGAGGCCCUGAAGGAAGCUGGCUCCAUAGUGCGACUCUACGUCCGUCGGAGGAGACCUAUUCUGGAGACUGUUGUCGAAAUCAAACUGUACAAAGGGCCGAAAGGUCUGGGAUUCAGCAUUGCCGGAGGUGUGGGGAAUCAGCACAUCCCUGGAGACAACAGUAUUUAUGUUACUAAAAUUAUUGAUGGAGGGGCAGCGCAGAAGGACGGGAGGUUGCAAGUUGGAGACAGGCUCCUUAUGGUAAAUAAUUACUGUUUAGAAGAAGUAACACAUGAAGAAGCAGUAGCAAUAUUGAAGAAUACAUCCGACGUAGUUUAUUUAAAAGUUGGGAAGCCUACUACCAUUUACAUGACUGAUCCCUAUGGCCCACCAGACAUUACCCAUCCUUAUUCCCCGCCAAUGGAAAACCAUAUACUGUCUUCAGGCAACAACGGCACUUUAGAAUACAAGGCAUCUUUGGCUCCCAUCUCACCAGGAAGAUAUUCGCCUAUCCCAAAGCACAUGCUUGUCGAGGAUGACUAUACCAGGCCUCCUGAACCCGUUUACAGCACUGUGAACAAAUUCUGUGAUAAGCCACCUUCUCCUAGGCACUAUUCCCCUGUCGAGUGUGACAAAAGCUUCCUCCUUUCAGCUCCCUAUCCCCACUACCACAUAGGCCUGCUCCCUGACUCUGAGAUCAUCAGUCAUUCCCAGCACAGCACAGUGACCCGGCCACCCACAGUGAGCAUACAACGGAGCAUUUCUGUGGAAGGAGAACCUCGCAAAGUUGUCCUGCACAAGGGGUCAACAGGGCUCGGUUUCAACAUUGUAGGCGGAGAAGACGGCGAAGGCAUUUUUGUAUCCUUCAUCCUAGCGGGUGGGCCAGCUGACCUCAGUGGAGAGCUUCAGAGGGGAGACCAAAUUUUAUCUGUGAAUGGGAUCGAUCUUCGUGGUGCUACACAUGAGCAGGCUGCUGCAGCGCUCAAAGGUGCAGGCCAGACUGUGACCAUUAUAGCACAAUACCAGCCAGAAGAGUACGCUCGAUUUGAGGCCAAAAUCCAUGACCUGCGUGAACAGAUGAUGAAUCACAGCAUGAGUUCUGGGUCGGGCUCCCUGCGAACCAAUCAGAAACGUUCCCUCUAUGUCAGAGCCAUGUUUGACUAUGACAAAAGCAAGGACAGCGGCCUCCCCAGCCAAGGACUCAGCUUCAAGUAUGGGGACAUUCUGCACGUUAUCAACGCAUCUGAUGACGAAUGGUGGCAGGCGAGACGAGCGAUGCUGGAGGGAGACAGCGAAGAGAUGGGAGUUAUCCCCAGCAAAAGGAGGGUCGAAAGAAAAGAGAGAGCACGUUUAAAGACAGUGAAGUUUAACUCAAAACCUGGCGUGAUCGAUGCAAAAGGGGACAUCCCCGGAUUAGGUGACGACGGUUAUGGAACAAAGACUCUGAAACACCUUUCUUCUAAUGCCAGCGAUAGCGAAAGUAGCUACAGAGGGCAAGAAGAUUGCAUUCUCUCCUACGAACCCGUAACAAGGCAGGAAAUUAAUUACACCAGACCAGUUAUUAUCCUUGGGCCAAUGAAAGAUCGAAUCAAUGAUGAUUUGAUAUCUGAAUUUCCUGACAAAUUUGGCUCCUGUGUACCACAUACAACUCGGCCAAAGCGUGAUUAUGAAGUGGAUGGUAGAGAUUAUCAUUUUGUCAUCUCCAGAGAACAAAUGGAAAAGGACAUCCAAGAGCACAAAUUCAUAGAGGCCGGACAGUAUAACGAUAAUCUUUAUGGGACUAGCGUUCAAUCUGUCAGAUUUGUGGCAGAAAGGGGCAAACACUGUAUACUCGAUGUAUCAGGAAACGCCAUCAAGCGACUACAAGCUGCGCAGCUGUACCCCAUUGCGAUCUUCAUUAAGCCUAAAUCCUGGGAGCCAUUGCUGGAAAUGAAUAAACGUUUCACAGAAGAACAAGCCAAGAAGACAUACGACCGAGCAAUGAAAUUAGAACAAGAAUUUGGAGAAUAUUUUACAGCUAUUGUCCAAGGAGAAACCUUAGAAGAUAUAUAUAACCAAUGCAAACUCGUAAUUGAAGAACAAUCUGGGCCUUUCAUCUGGAUUCCUUCCAAGGAGAAGCUAUAAGUUCGCCAAUUCACCUCUGAUCACAAUGGAAGAGCAUUUAGAAGAAAACUUAAUCCUAUCUUAUUUGGAAGCUUUUUGGGGGUGUGGUUUUUUUCCCGGGGGGGAGGGGAAAGUUACUUUUACGUUUCUUGCAGUCAAUGUGAAUUUUUUUCUGAAUGUACAACACAAAGUGUUCGAAGCCAUGAAGGACAUUGAUUUGGUCAUAAAGGGUAGAGAAAAGAAGAAGAAAACCUUUACAAAAAUAAGAGAGAGAGACUUUUGCCAUAUUAACAAGAAAAAAUGAAACUGCUAGCCGUGUGCUCGUUGCACCACUGGGUAGAGAUGGACUUUUGACGCGGAAGCCCGCUGUCUGAGAAAGCUGGCCAGCGGUGCUCCCUCCACCCCAAAAUGUAUUCUUGGCUCAGCUCAAUGUGUUCGUUGAUUGCUUUGGAGAAGAAUUUCCCAGGCCUUGGACCUCAAUAUUACAGCUCGAUCCUGCAAGGAGCAUCGCUCUGACUCCAAUGGGUAAGGCGGACACUUGAAGCGGACACGUCUGAAGCUUGUAUUUAAACAGGAUGCGGAGCAGAGUGCCCUGCGCCUUGCAGGAUAAUAUCCUGUAGGACCUGAUCCAUCUUCCACCAAACUCUGGAAAGACCUUGAAUAGCUUGUUCUGGGUGUUGGAUCGGGGACUUCUGCUGGGGUGGGGUGGUUGCUGUUUUUUUUGUUUGUCUUUUUGGUCAUAGCGCAUUUGUAUUUGCUACACCUCGACUUUCGUAUAACUAUGCACAUCAGGUUUUUUUGGUUUUCUUUCUGAAACCAAUCGGGGGGUAUUAUUUUUCCCGGACCACUUCAGACCCACAAUUUCAUCAGGUUUGUAAUGCCAACGAGGGUCCAGGCAACGAGUUUCAUUCCACAUCAGAACACUCACGCAUUAAAAACAAAAACAAAAACUUUGGGGGUUCAGGGUACUUAAACUUGACAGUAAGGGAUACAAUUGGGGAAAGCUUUACAUUUUAUUUUGAUUGUCUAUAUUAUCAUUUAUAUAAAGACAGAAGGCACUUAACAGAUGGAAUAAUUUAUUUAAAGAAAUCUAUAUUGAUGUAUAGGCGCUAAUUUCUAUAGGUGACAAAAUAUUUUGUGAGAUAUUUUGUAAAGAUUAAGUAAUUGAAAGGUGAACUAUUUUUCACCCUUGGCUGGCUGUAAAAUGCAAAGGUCGGGGGCGGGGUUUCGAGUUGCACUAUGCCAUUAUUUUCCCCAGGAGAUUUCCUCAUAGUCUUAAGUUCUAGAUGUUAUUUUUUUACCUUCCUAACUUGAGGGUGUUGUGUUCUCCCCCCUUUUUAUUCUAGUUGAUAAAGAGGCACUUAGAGCUAAAGAAAACAGAUCUCAGAAUUAAAAUGGAUUUCUGCCCCAGAAAUAAAGUCUGCAGCCAAGUUGGGUGUUGGGUGUUAGUAUUAUAAAUGGCCACUGAGAUAUCAGAAACAGGUUACUGGAAAGAGAAUUUUAGUUCUUGGGGUUCUGAGUUACUCAAUUUCCCCCAGAAAAGGUACAUGUGGAUAAAAGCGGAAGGAAUUAUGGGAUGGCAUUGUUGUGCCAAUGACACCAGGCGGGUGCUGCAAAAAUAACCCACACAAAAUAACCCAUCUGGAAGCACUCAAAAUGUCAGUGGCCUCAAUGCAAUUUCUGUUUCGCUUUGAAAAUAAUUAAUUAAGACGGUCACCAUUGUAAGCUCUCUUCCAAUCUCUUCCCUUGGGAACUGUCGAUAGAGAAAUUGCCACACACAAAAAAGCAAUGGUGCAUUUUUACUUCUUCUUUUUUGCUGGCAAGCCACUGAUAAAAUGUUUGUUUCAAAGCCCACAAUACUUGGGGUAAUGUUGCAAGUGGAGCAUUCCAUGUCUGGAAGCUACGGUACCGAGAAACUAUGUUUUCCAAUCACAGGAGAGUAAGAAGUGCCAGGUAUAGUGUGUCAGGGAUGUGCACUCUGUGCAUGCACAGAGCACUGGCAGUGCAACCCUGUCCAUGCCUACCAGAAGAUAGCCCCACUGAGUUCAAUGAGGCUUACUCCCAAGUGAGCAAAGGAUUGCAGCUUGAAUCUCCCAUAUGUGGCUGGCGUUUGGGUACUAGCAAGCAGCUGUUUGGGUUAUUGAGCACUGCUGGAAGAAUGGGAAAUUAUCUUCUGUUGCCACUUGGCCCUUCAAGACCAGGUGAUCUUUGUUGCUGGGUUGCUUUUCAGCGUGGGCAGGGAUUAAAAACAGCUCCUGCUUAUCCGUUUGCAGGAGUCCAUCAUUUUACAUCACUUUUCUUUGGCAUCGUUAUUAUAUGCUUCAGUUUGUACAUAGGGUUUUAAGAACCAACGCCUCAAUUCCUCCACCUAAAAUCUCAACCACGAGCGCCUGUUUUAAACAUUUCAGGCUCUUGUCUAAUGGAGACACAUUGUCACCGGGGGGGGGGGGGUUGAAUGAUUCACUGUGCACUUAAAUCCCACUGACUACAGUAUCUAAUUUCUCCUGGAUUGGAAUGUAAGCUCCUGAUAGAGACGCUCUACGACUCCCCCCAUUUCCUCCAAUCGGUGAGGCAGUUCCGAUGAAUCUCUUUUGGGUAGAGGAGCACCAUUUGUGCUCUGGAGCACCCAUAGGUGCAUGGAAUUGCACGCCUGGGGGGGGGAUCGAAUUAGCUGGAAAUACAAAUACGAAAAAGUGAGGGCUAGUGAGAAAUUCUAUAGGCCAAGGUUGUCACUGUGUAGCACUUUCUAAGACACAAGGUGCUGUUAUCACCUCUGACUUGCUUGUACUCACAAUCUCCUCCUCAGAUGGGUCAUUAUUUAUCUCCCCCAUUUCAAAGUGUGGGGAAGGUGGGGCAAGCAAGACAAUGAGUCAAUAGAAUUGCCCAAGGCUACAUGGUGAAGGACUCGAAAUUCAUUUUGCCUUCAUCAUGUGACUUGGGGUGUUCACUUGGCCAUACUGGCCCAGCUAAACUUUCCUUAACAUCUGACUUAAGAUGAACACGAGAAAAGGUGUUCAUCUCUUAGCGCUGUUUGCUUCAGUCCAGCCAGCUCCAGACUUGCAAAAAAAAGAAAAAUCAAUCAAAAUAUUUUCCAAAUCAAAAGGGCUAGAAACUUGGUGGUUUUUCCUUUAAAAGGAGAAACAAAUAGAAAAUUUAGUGAUAUUUGGAGAUCAUUCUGCAGAAAUCCAGAGAAGUCCAAAUCCUUAGGAACAAUUGUUCAUUUAUUUAUUUUUUAUGUCAGCAAAACGUUGUCUCAGGUCUCGAGGUCUAGAACACCUCCUCAAGGACCUGAUGCAAAAUCUUUCUGUCUGAUUUCCAAUUCUGUUUUUCACCACUCCCAUCAGUCUUUCUGUUUGUUCUGUUUUGUUUCUCAGUUAAGCAUGUAACCUUCUAAGAGAACUAUCCUACUGAUAAAUGUUCUGUUAUGUCAUGUGCUGUGCUUUCCAGUUUGGCAGUACCACUGUGGCUGACUACAAUCAAUUUCCCAUCAGUCCUUGGUUACUGUAGUUACUUGGUUACUUUUUUCCUGUUUCCGUGCGUUUGUGUGUGUGUGCGUGCGUGCGUGCGCGUUUGUGUGCUUCCAGCUUAGAGUUGCCAUUGCACUUUUUUUUAAGCAAAAAAAGGAAAGAAAGAGAGGAGGGGAGAAAAAUCAUCGAGAGAAGCGGCAAAAAGAAGGCUGGCUCUCUUUUAGGAUUUGCAUUUCCAUUUGUUUCAUGUCUGGAUGACUUACGUACUUUGUGUUCCUUUUACAGCCACAUUCACACCAUGCAUUGAAAGUCACAUGAUACCAAAAGCAUGGCUUCCCCCAAAGAAUUCUGGGAGCUGUAGUCUGCUACAGUUCUUAGGAGAUCCCUGCUCCUCUCCCAGAGCUAUCUAUGAGGGGAACAGGGGGUCUCCUAACAACUCUCAGCCCCCUUAACAAACUACACCUCCCAGGAUGCUCUGGGGUGAUUUAAAUGUAUGGUGUGGAUGUAUGGCCUACUCCUCAAUCAUUCCAUCAGCACCUCGUGGCAAAAUCUCAGCUCCUCUACACCAGGCAUCCCCAAACUUUGGCCCUCCAGAUGUUUUGGACUACAAUUC